CGUAGGCAGCCCAGACGGAUGCUGGUGCUCAUAGCUCCGCAGAUCGUCAGCGAGUGUAGGCUGCUCAGUUCCCUCUAAGUUUUCCACCAAGUGAAAGUUUCAAAAUAUAUACCUAAUUGAAUAAAAAAAAAAAGAAAAAAAGAAAGUAAUUAAAUUACAAAAGCCAGUAAUCCUUUUCAGCUUGAGUUAAGUCCGUUUAAUCAGUGAGUUACAGCUCCGUCCCGCGAGUGUGUUUUUCAGUGCUCUCUUUUUUUGCUUGAAGGAACUCUUUAAUUUUGUAUUCGAAAGCCACGUCGGUGAUUCGUCGCCACCAACAACACAGUCAAAGUGAAUUAUCUAAAGCAGUAUAUCGACGAUAUUCGCAGGAUUAUCGAGGAGAAAAUGUCACUCAAUCCGAACGGGUAUAAACUGUCCGAGAGGACGGGCAAGCUGACGGCAUAUGAUCUCAUGCCCACCACAGUGACGGCUGGUCCAGAAACACGGGAGUUUCUGCUGAAGGUAAUCGAUGUCCUCUUGGACUUUGUGAAGGCCACCAACGACCGAAAUGAGAAGGUCCUGGAUUUCCACCAUCCCGAGGACAUGAAGCGUCUUCUGGAUCUGGAUGUCCCAGAUCGGGCUUUGCCACUGCAGCAGCUCAUCGAGGAUUGCGCCACCACCCUGAAGUACCAAGUCAAGACGGGACAUCCACAUUUCUUCAACCAGUUGUCCAAUGGUCUGGACCUGAUCUCCAUGGCCGGCGAGUGGUUGACAGCCACGGCCAACACCAACAUGUUCACCUAUGAGAUUGCGCCAGUUUUCAUCCUGAUGGAGAACGUGGUGCUGACCAAGAUGCGUGAGAUCAUAGGCUGGUCAGGUGGCGAUUCUAUUCUGGCCCCAGGAGGUUCCAUUUCCAAUUUGUAUGCCUUCUUGGCUGCUCGCCACAAGAUGUUCCCGAACUACAAGGAGCACGGCUCGGUGGGAUUGCCUGGCACCCUGGUGAUGUUCACCUCGGAUCAGUGCCAUUACUCGAUUAAAUCUUGUGCUGCCGUUUGUGGUCUGGGCACUGAUCACUGCAUUGUGGUUCCAUCUGAUGAGCAUGGCAAGAUGAUUACCUCGGAGCUGGAGCGGCUGAUCCUAGAGCGCAAGGCCAAGGGCGACAUCCCAUUCUUUGUCAAUGCCACUGCCGGCACCACUGUCCUGGGAGCCUUCGAUGAUAUCAACACGAUUGCAGACAUCUGCCAGAAGUACAACUGCUGGAUGCACAUUGAUGCUGCUUGGGGCGGUGGAUUGAUGAUGUCCCGCAAGCAUCGUCAUCCCAGAUUUACUGGCGUUGAGCGUGCCGAUUCGGUCACCUGGAAUCCCCACAAGCUCAUGGGAGCCCUGCUCCAGUGCUCAACGAUCCACUUCAAGGAGGAUGGCCUUCUCAUCAGCUGCAAUCAGAUGUCGGCUGAGUAUCUUUUCAUGACCGACAAGCAGUACGAUAUUAGCUACGACACUGGUGACAAGGUGAUCCAGUGCGGCCGGCACAACGACAUCUUCAAGUUGUGGCUCCAAUGGCGGGCCAAGGGCACUGAAGGCUUCGAGCAACAGCAGGAUCGCCUUAUGGAACUGGUUCAGUACCAGCUGAAGCGAAUCCGAGAGCAGUCCGAUCGCUUCCACUUGAUCCUGGAGCCGGAGUGCGUCAACGUCUCGUUCUGGUAUGUGCCCAAGCGGCUGAGAGGAGUACCACACGAUGCCAAGAAGGAGGUGGAACUGGGAAAGAUCUGUCCCAUCAUCAAGGGCCGAAUGAUGCAGAAGGGAACCCUUAUGGUUGGCUAUCAGCCCGACGAUCGGCGACCCAACUUCUUCCGCUCGAUCAUCUCAUCGGCGGCGGUCAACGAGGCGGAUGUGGACUUUAUGCUGGACGAGAUCCACCGCCUGGGCGAUGACUUGUAAGGGGUUUCAGUCUGGUUCGGUUCGGUUCGGCUUAGAUUGGUAAUAGCAGAUCGCACAACCAAGAAGUAUCAUUAAGGUAAAAGCAUAUCAGGAGACCGCAAUGAAGAAACCCAGACACUUGAGAGCAGGGGAUCCAGAGAUCCCGCUCCGCUAAUCAUCAGAGUUCAAUGUUGAAUGUACAUUUGUUUGUAUCUAUAACGUGUUGCUAGAUGUUCCUUUACGAUUUCUCAUCCCGUUAUCCGUUAACCGUUAUUCGUUAAGCGUCGUUAUCCGUUCGUCCCGGAGUUGCAAAAAAAAAAUACUAUGUAUAAUCGAGGUGUUUCAUUUCCGUUCGUUGGCAACUAUAUCUAAAUCGAAGAACAGAAAAGGAGAAUCUAUAAGUAAUAUUUGAAUAUCUAUAUGUAUACCGCAAAAAUAAUGAUAGAACUCAGAGCAUAGAAGCCACCGCUCCCCACGCGCACCACCAAAAAUUCUAUAAAACAGAACAGGAACAGUCCCAGCCCCACACUGAAAUACUGAAAUACUAAAAUACUGAAAUACUAUGAAAUAUACGAUAUAGAAACUGUUGGAACGCUAUCUUAACAUAUCAGGAGAAGAUGAAGAGGAGGUGAGGACUUUAGUUCAAUUCGUUGAUUUUGAUUUGUUUGCAAAUAGUAAAUGUUUUCAUAUAUCUAUGGCCAUGCGUACCUUUAUAAAAACGAGAUCGAAAGAGACCUGUGCUUGUUAAUUGUAUAGACAAAACCAAAGAGGGAGGGGAUCUGAACUCCAGAUCCCAAUUAGUCCAUGUAUCGAACUGUGCUAUAUAUAUAGACAUGAAUACGUAUAAUCGAAUUAGUUGGAGUUUAGUUUCCAGCAAAUGGCUGACAAAAAUAUAUAUAUUACCCGGUGUCAAUUAAACUCAAUUACGAAUGUUGGAAGAUUCUGUUUUCCGUUAAGUUUUUGAUCAGUUAUCGAUCGAGAAUGGCUGGAAUGGAAAGUCCUUUAAUCAGAAGAACACAAUCAGACAUAUUACAUUCUACCUGUACCCAAAACUCGUUUCUCAAAUUAAGCAAAAGUCAAAAAGUAAAUGGUAUAAAAAUGAAUUAAACAAUUAUAGUAUUUUAAAGCGUGUUAACUAAGUUUAUCCAGCAUCACGCUCAUUUUAUGUAUGUAUAAAUUAAUGUAUAUGUAUUUGCAGAGAUCCAAACCAAAACCAGAACAAGAAUUAUUCCAACAUCUAUAUAAAUGCAAAUGAAUAUAUUAUAUAUAUAAAUAUAUGGGUAAAUAAAAAUAAAAGUAACCAAA